UCACCGGAAGGAACAUAACUGAUGACACGGAUACGACCUCUCACCUCGUCACCAUGGAGACGUCAGCCGCACCAGGAAACACUUUGAGAAUGCAGUGCUGCAGCUGUGACAGCUCCUCCUCCUGUGUUUGGUGUGUGGACUGUAAUGAAGCUCUGUGUGGAAGCUGUUUGUCGGCUCAUCGCAGAGUGACCAUCACCAGAUCUCACCAGAUCCUCGACAAGCCGCCUGCAGGUGCAGUCAGGACUCCGCCCACAAAGUACUGCAAGCUCCACCCCUCUGAGCCGCUCAAACUCUUCUGCUUCACCUGUCACCAUGUCACCUGCCGGGACUGUCAGCUCAUCGAUCACAAGAACCACAGGUAUCAGUUUAUCAGCGAGGCGUUGGACAAAAUUAAGAAGCAGGUGGACCACUUGAUUCAACCAUUCAGAGUGCAGACUGACACGGUGAGGCGGAGCCUGCAGGACAUGGAGACCAGGCUGCGGGACAUCUCAGAGAGCGAGGCUCAGCUGGAGGCGGAGCUGAGUCAGGCUCACAUCAUCCUGACUCAGCACAUGAAGAACCGGACUCAGGAGAUCCUGACUAAGGUCAAGGAGGUGAGUGAGCAGGAGAGCCAGCAGAUCAGAGUGAGGAUGAUGAAGCUGAAGCUGAUGCAGCAGCAUCGACAGACACUUUUGGCUGAAGCAGAAGCAGCCAAAAACAGAGACCUGUCCCAGCUGCUUCACUUUUCCGCUCAGGUUCAGUUUCUGACAAGAAAGCUCCCUGUUCAUGACUUGUACCCUCCUCAGAACAUGGUUCACCUGAAGGUCAUCACCGACAAACCGUCUCUGGAGGCCAUUUUGAACUUUGGUAAACUUCAAGUUGGAUCGGUCCCGUUUUCUGUCAAUCCACCUCCCCCUAAGAACACAUACGACCCGGCUCAGUCGUCAGCUCCAAUUUCAUGCUCCCUCCCCACCUCCCUCCGCUGCUCAUCCUCAGCCAGACCUUCUACCUCCACGGUCCCGGUCCUGGUUCCGGCUCAGACCGCGGGCACAAACGUAAAACAGUUGAUGUCUAAAAGUCAACCCCAGCCUGUGGGUACACCCUUAGUCCUACAGCCUGCCCCCUCAGCCAGCAAUGUCCUCGCAGUAGUUUUGAACCAGAAGACCGCCCCCCCUCAGAACCAGCCCGCCUUGGUCCAGCUGGCCGCCGCUCUGGCUGCGUACCAGAUGUCAGGCAUGACGGUUCCCUUCAGCGCACCUCAGCUGCCUUUGCUGCUCAAUCAGAAUUUGUCUUACGCCCAGCCUGGAUUAGCUUGGUCCAGUAAACGAGAGACAAGUAACCACACUGCAGUAAAUAAGCAGAACCUCGGCAGUAAUCAAAUACUCUUUGUAAGGACUACAGGGACCACUGCUGGGCCAAGUCACAGUGCGCCACAACAACAAACACCACGCCACGUACCAUCGCUGGCACACCAUCCAUUGCAAGACCAACAUCCUUUACUGAACCAAAAACUAACACAACAGAACCAGCCAUUGCCAGUCCACAAACAAACACCAGACCACCAACCAUUGCCAUUCCACAAACAAACACCAGACCACCAACCAUUGCCAAUCAACAAACAAACACCAGACCACCAAUCAUUGCCAGUCCACAAACAAACACCAGACCACCAACCAUUGCCAUUCCACAAACAAACACCAGACCACCAACCAUUGCCAGUCAACAAACAAACACCAGACCACCAACCAUUGCCAGUCCACAAACAAACACCAGACCACCAACCAUUGCCAGUCCACAAACAAACACCAGACCACCAACCAUUGCCAGUCAACAAACAAACACCAGACCACCAACCAUUGCCAGUCCACAAACAAACACCAGACCACCAACCAUUGCCAGUCCACAAACAAACACCAGACCACCAACCAUUGCCAAACCACAAACAAACACCAGACCACCAACCAUUGCCAGUCCACAAACAAACACCAGACCACCAACUAUUGCCAGUCCACAAACAAACACCAGACCACCAACCAUUGCCAGUCCACAAACAAACAGAAGACUGGGAUUCACUGCCAGUCCGCAAACUAAAGACAGACAAGCACAUAUUGUUAGGCAACACAUCAUUUAAACAGCUUGUAAUGCAAGACCCCAAACAAACUGAAGUCCCCCAGCCAAGCCAAGAAAACCACUUAUUUUGGGACCACAAACAAACACCAGGAAACCAAUCGUGGCAACAACAGAAACAAUCACCAAACCCUGAACCGUUGCAGGGAACUGUACCGAUGCGAGUCCUCACAUCAACACCACUCAAACACAUGCUGCUACUAGUUCCCAAACAAUCACAAGAUGAACCACCAUCGCUGGAAAUUCAACCGUCGACAGUCCCCAAACAAUCACAAGAUGACCUACCAUCGCUGGAAAUUCAACCGUCGGCAGUCCCCAAACAAUCACAAGAUGACCUACCAUCGCUGGAAAUUCAACCGUCGGCAGUCUCCAAACAAUCACAAGAUAACCUACCAUCGCUGGAAAUUCAACCGUCGGCAGUCUCCAAACAAUCACAAGAUGACCUACCAUCGCUGGAAAUUCAACCGUCGGCAGUCUCCAAACAAUCACAAGAUGACCUACCAUCGCUGGAAAUUCAACCGUCGCAAGUCCACAAACAAUCACAAGAUAACCUACCAUCGCUAGAAGUUCAACCAUCGGCAGUCCCCAAACAAUCACAAGAUGACCUACCAUCGCUGGAAAUUCAACCGUCGACAGUCCCCAAACAAUCACAAGAUGACCUACCAUCGCUGGAAAUUCAACCGUUGCAAGUCCACAAACAAUCACAAGAUGACCUACCAUCACUAGAAGUUCAACCAUCGGCAGUCCACAAACAAUCACAAGAUGACCUACCAUCGCUAGAAGUUCAACCAUCGGCAGUCCCCAAACAAUCACAAGAUGACCUACCAUCGCUGGAAAUUCAACCGUCGACAGUCCCCAAACAAUCACAAGAUGACCUACCAUCGCUGGAAAUUCAACCGUUGCAAGUCCACAAACAAUCACAAGAUGACCUACCAUCGCUGGAAAUUCAACCGUUGCAAGUCCACAAACAAUCACAAGAUGACCUACCAUCACUAGAAGUUCAACCAUCGGCAGUCCACAAACAAUCACAAGAUGACCUACCAUCGCUAGAAGUUCAACCAUCGGCAGUCCCCAAACAAUCACAAGAUGACCUACCAUCGCUGGAAAUUCAACCGUCGACAGUCCCCAAACAAUCACAAGAUGACCUACCAUCGCUGGAAAUUCAACCGUUGCAAGUCCACAAACAAUCACAAGAUGACAUACCAUCGCUGGAAAUUCAACCGUUGCAAGUCCACAAACAAUCACAAGAUGACCUACCAUCACUAGAAGUUCAACCAUCGGCAGUCCACAAACAAUCACAAGAUGACCUACCAUCGCUAGAAGUUCAACCAUCGGCAGUCCCCAAACAAUCACAAGAUGACCUACCAUCGCUGGAAAUUCAACCAUCGGCAGAUCAAAAACAAUUACCAGACCGACAACCGUUUCUGGCACACCAAACGUCACCAGUCCUCAGUCAGUCCACAGACAUCCAGUCAUUGCCAGACAGCAAACAAACACCUCAACAUCAACCACUGGAGGAUAAACCCUCUCCUGAUAUCAGCCCCUGCUCCUCCUCUGAGAAACCCUAUCAGCCCAGUGUUGUGGUGAAGGCGGUGGCAGACUCUGCCUGUGACAGCAGCGUGCAGCAGGUGACGCCGAGGCAUCAGGAGCCUGCAGAGAACGAGCCCACCUCCACCGUGUCUGAAGACCCAGAGCCUUCAGAGAAACCCUCGACACCAGAAGUAUUGGACAGUGACACUGAGGAGCCGAGCUCUGAGAUUGGAAGCCAGGACUUCAAACUGAGCCUAUGGCAGCCCAGAGUUUCUCUGGACCGACUGCCUCUCGCUCUGCCCGAACCUGGGGGUCCCCUUCCCAGCUUUCUUCUGGUCCCUGGCGAUGCUGAAGAUGAGUUUUAUCUGGAAGAACUGAGCGAAGACUCUGAGUCGCAUGAUGAUGACAUCACAGAUGACGACUCAAAGCCACAGUCGCACGAUGAUGACAUCAAAGAUGACGACUCAAAACCACAGUCGCACGAUGAUGACAUCACAGAUGACGAAUCAAAGCCACUGUCGCACGAUGAUGUCACAGAUGACGACUUAAAGCCACAGUCGCAUGAUGAUGACGUCACAGUUUGCUACACAGAGCCGCUGUCCCCAGACUCUCCUCCGACCCUGCAGACCGUCAGCUGCUCUGCCUGCGGAUCGGCCAACGGAUCAAUCAUCUGCUCGGCGUGCGGUCGAGGAUACCACCGAGACUGUCACGUUCCCACCGUCGGAUGUGACAUCUGGAUGGAGUGGACCUGUUCACUGUGUCAGGACCUGAGUGACCCCUCAGACCCCUCAGACCCCCACAGAUGGGACAGACCACAGAGAGCUGAGAAUCUCAGUCUGCAGGACCAGAAGAGGUGUGAGUGUCUGCUGCUCUACCUGAAGGUCGAAGGCUGCUCUUUACUUUCUAAGAUGGAUUGGGUUUGGUCUCGUCUGAAGACGAUGUCGGAGCGCCUGACUCGGCGGCGCCACCCGGAGUACAAGGCGUCUGCAGAGCUGAUCUACGACGUCUGGAGGCUCUUACAAGACGCAGCACGGGACGACGACAGCGUAAACGCACUGAUGGAGAGUUUCAAGAACAAGGUGACGGAAGCUUUCAGCUCCGAUCUUAAUAGUCCGAGGCACCGCGCACACACCCAGCACGCUGUGAUGUCACAGACGGAGCAGGUGUCUGAGGGGUCAGAGGUCAUUGAAGUGGUCGACGAUGAGUGUGAGCUGAAGAACGCGAGGAAGAGGCUCGGGGAUUUCUCCGACCUGAAUGAAGUCAAGAAGAGGAAGACGGACAACAUGACUUUACCACCUUCAAGGUCACCAUGGUAGGACCUCUGACCCCGCCCACAAACGCCAUCCAGUGGCUUCAUCAGCUGAGGCAUUCUGGGAGUUGAAGUUCAGUCAGUGUUAAACCUUUGACAGGAGAGACGAGACUUUUUAAACGUCACAGUUUGAUGUUUGCAGGUCAUUCAAAAACGUUUGUUUUUUUAUCAGCUGAUGCACAAAGUUUAUCAACAAAGAUUCAGCCGACGCUCGCCAGCCAACGCUCGCCAGCCAACACUCGCCAGCCGACGCUCGCCAGCUGAGUCAUCAGACUCACACGUGCAUGUUUGUUUUUCAUAUGAACAUUUCUUUUUGUACUUGAAUAAUUUUGUGUAAUAAACAACCUGUUGUCAUA